GUUAGGUUCUUAACAAUCCUAAGCAUACGCAUUUGAAAAGCAAGUCUUGAUCGGUCAACAACAGGAUUUCGUUUCAGUGAAAUUUGUCUCCGUAUUUUAAUUUUUAUUAAAAUUCGUACUCACACUUUCUUUGCCCGGGAUCAAAUAGUUUCGAAAGUGCAACUUAAAGAAAAUGAAUUUCGACAUCGGAAUAAAUAGCUUUUUCAGGCGUGAGAUCACGAAGAUUGACAACACUCUUCUGCCCGAAGGAUUCAACGGCGACAGAAGGAGCGUGAAGGCAUGUAUGCAGGUGGUACAUGACAUUUUAAAUGUUAUGGGUGCAGCCUCGGCUAAGGCACAAGGUGUUGGAAAUCCUAUGACGAGUGCAGAAAAACUGAGGAAUUCAGACCAUAUCAUCUACCUGCUUGUCGAUAGAGACGGCAACAAAUCGAAUGGGUCUGUGAUCGGAAUGUUGAAAAUGGGAUGGAAGCGGCUUUACAUGUUUGACGAACAUGAACAACGUAACGAGGCCAUGGCCCUCUGUGUCCUUGACUUCUAUAUUCAUGAGUCAAAACAUCGGAUGGGCUAUGGGAAAAAACUCUUCGAUUAUAUGCUACAGGAGGAAGGGGUGGAACCAGAAAAACUUGCAUUUGAUUGUCCUUCAGAGAAUUUUCUCCGAUUCCUUCAAAAACAUUAUAAUUUAACACAUGACAUAUACCAGAGUAAUAAUUUUGUUGUUUUUUCUGGCUUUUUCAACAAUUCAUCUCAAGAUAAAGAAAAUCGUUUAAAAAAUGCAAAAAAUGCUCAUCAUUGUGGUAUUUCAUCACCCAAACUUUCACCAUGCAGUACUGAGAACAAAUUGACAUUCAGUGGAAGGCACACUGCUUUCAAGCGAGUAACAACUAUGGGAGAGAUAGUUCAACCUUCUCAUCUGAUGUAAGGCGAAAACAGUUGGUAGAGAACAACGGUUCCUUCGAUUAUUUCCAGGUGAGAAGUGAAUUGAGCACAAAAUUCCUCACGUUCUCCACAACUCAUCAGUAUAGCACAUUUCUGCCAAUCUGGCACUAGAAAAUAAUCCCUUAUGCAAAUACUCAUCAAAAUUAUAGUUCCUUGUUUUGUUUAUUUCAUUUUCUUUUCUAUUUUUAAUACACAAGUUUUGUCCUAAAGGGCUUGGCUUGUAUUACAUUUCCACUUGUGGGUUAACUAAUUUUGUUUUACUUGUUAAAUAUUUAUAUAACUCAUACAUUUGAUCAAAUUUUACUGUUUGUUAAUAGUAAAAUUGUUAUAGUCGAUCAAUUUUCAUAUCUAUCUAUAUAACUAUCUUAGAUUAUUUUUUUAGAAAUGCAUUUACUUACUUUGUUACCCUUCAAACCAAAUUGUUCUCUUCUAGUCAUUUUUCCUAUAAGACUGUUCAAUACAAAUCCAAAACAGGAUCAUCUUUUAAAAAAAAUCAUUCUGCUUUGGUUUUCUUUUUUUUAAAUAACUUAUAAAAUGUUAUAUUCUAGCAUUUAUGUUCCAUGUUUCAUGUUGAUUUUUUUGUUUAUAUGGUUAAAAAUAAUGUUACAAUAUUAUAAAAUAGUAUGCGCCAAUAUUAUGGCCAGUUCAAAAGAGGUUUGUAAAUCUUUAUUGCAGCAACAAAUCUUUUUAUGUUACAUGCAUUAAUUUGGUAUCGAUCAAGACAGAAUCAACCAGUAAGUAGUUCAUUAUUGUCUGCCUACUUUGAUAAAUUCAAUUAAUGAAUUCAUUAUAGUUAAAGAAAUAUAUUUUAUUUAUAAGUGUAAAAAAAGAAAUAAUUAUUUUGUGAUACGAAUUUGUGUUGAUUGAAUAGAUUGUAUGUACAUAAAAAAAUAUGGAAAGCACAUAUAUAUUUUGUAUAAUUUUUAGAUGGUAAUUAUAGUACAAACUUUUACAUAAUUUAUAGUUAGUUACUGAGAUAAUAUUGGAAUGUUAAGCGUAAAAUAUUGAAUAAUUUACAACAAAUUUUAUAAAGAUGAAACAUGGAUGCACUUACUUUAAAUAAUUAAUAUUAGGUUGACAUUCUAUACAAAAGAAGUUGAAACAUUUGGCUAAACUAAAUGAGGGGCAUCGAAAGUAUAAAGUUUAACCAAACUGCUUUUUUACAAAAAUUUAUAUUUAGUUACUUGAUUUUGACAAUAUUAUCAUAAUGUGAUAAUUCAAUUGCCAUAAUAUGUUUAACUCACUUAAACAGUAUUAUCCCAAUGGAAUUAGCCUGUGAUAUUUGGAUAUUUCGGAGUAUAAUAACUUACUAUGUUUUAAUUAUAUUAAAUCAAAGUUUUCACUGUUUAUACUAAAUUUUAAUCUAAGUUUGCUUUUGUAAUACAUGGAAAUUAAACAAUGUUGUGGUUUA